UUUUUUUUUAUCCCUCUCUCUUUCUCUUUCUCUCUUUCCCUCUCAUUCUCUCCCUCACCACCUCUUUUCUUAACUUUCCUCUCUCCUCCUCUCCCCUUUCUCAUUAUUUUUUUCUUUCUGUCCUACCUUCUCUCUCGCCCUCUCUCCCUCACUCUCUCUUCUCUCUCACUCGUCUUCGCCUGUUCUAGCGUUUUCCCGCUUCUUUCUGUCCUUGCCCUGCUGACACCCCACCGCCCCUUUCUUUCCCUCCUUGUGCUUUCUUUGUCAGCAUCACCGACGGAACAUCCCCACCACAGCCCCUCCCGAUCAGAAGCCAUGACCAGCAACCAGAAAGUCGCCUCGAUCAUCGUCGAAUGCAAAUCACAGGAGGAGCUCGACCGGAUCAUUGCCAGUAACCGGAGGGUCAUUGUCCUCUACUACAGCUAUGCCAUGCCAUGGGGAAAGAUUGCAGAACACAAGAUGCAUGUUUGCGCGCGGGCACUCGAGAACGGCAACAUUACCACGAUCCCAUUUGUCCUGGUCAACUACGCAGAGUUUUACGAAUUUGGAGGCAAGGUCGAGGUUCUCCCAACUACGAUGAUCCGGUAUGCAGCGUAUGUCGAGGGUCAAGAGCACGCAAGUACGGGAAACAGUGCAGAACUCGAGGGAUUAGUAACAGGACUCUUGUGAGCGGCUAUCCAGGAGAAGGAAUCUGUGGCAUCAACACAGCAUACUCCUCGCCACCAACCAGUACUUCGCUCCUGCAGUGUGUAUUCGGCCUCUCAACAUCAACUCGUCCUCAACCUAGCUAAAACGUCCACCCAACGCCACCACUUGCAAGCAUCAAAGAACCAAGAAGUGGGGCUUGUCUCCUUGUUCAAUACACCCUACCCCGCCCCUUGUCCUAAUCCCCUCCCCCUCUCUUCGUACCUUUGCUCC